GUGCAUUCAAGAAAACUAAAACGAACGAAAUUUCAAGUGGAAAUUGUCCAUCCAAUUCUUGACAAUAUUUUGUUGAAGCAGUGAAUUUCUAAAGACUAAACGCCUUGUCAGCCCGGCAACAUUGCUGUUGUGUAUGACGUGAGACGUGACCCUGCAUUGGCUUAUGUCAUUUCUUUUUAAAAUGGUUUGACGAGUCCAAAUCCAAAUAAAAAAUUCGAUCAUGGCUUCCAGUGUGUUAGGUGUCGUAGCUUUAUGCAUAAUGUAAUAACAUUUUAUUUUCCAAAAUGAGCUGGAAAAGUGUUACUGACGAAAAUAGCCAUGGGAUAGUGAUUUACAAUUAUCAUCCCAAUGCCCGCGAGGAACCUUACAUGAUGCCCCUCACAGUUGGGGAUUCAGUCCGAAUUCUAGAAGAGGAUAGCGACUGGUACUAUGGAUACCGCCUAGGUAGCCGAAAAACGAAAGGUGCCUUUCCAAAGUCAUAUGUGCACAUCAAGGACGGCUCCGAAGGUCCGAUUACCAAGGAGAUUGCGGAGGUGCUGAAAGAAUGGGGGGUACAUUGGAAGAGAUUAUAUGUAUCACAUGACAAACAUUUUGAUCAAAUCAAAAGUCAGAUUUAUGACCUUAUCUCGUACCGCAGCAAGAUUUUAAGCGGUACCCUACCUGUUGAUGAAAUGAAGCGUCUCACAAAGCGUGCUACUGAAGAAAUCGACAUGGGCAAUAAAAUUCUUGGAUUAGACUUGGUGGUCCGGGACAAGAAUGGAAACCUUAUAAAUCCUAGUGAAAGUAGCACCAUACAAAUGUUUAACCUGCACAAACAAGCAACUGAAAGGAUGAGUUGUAAAGUUAAGCCCGAUGUGAAGGAAGUACAACCAAAAACUGCUAUCCAGCAGUAUUCAAAUAUAUUCUUAGUUGCUGUACGAAAUUUCACGUGUAAAAUGUCAGAAGAUGCGGAGUUACUCAUGACAUUAUAUGACGGUAAAGAAUGUAAGGCCAUAACAGAAAACUAUGUCGUUCGAUGGACCAAAGAGGGGCUAAUGAGUGACCUUGACCAAAUGUACAACUUAAGAGUUAUGUUUACGGAUUUAGGUAAAAGGGAUUUGGAACGUGAGAAGAUAUUUCUCAUCUGUCAUGUGAUAAGGGUUGGUGCAAUGGACAUAAAAGAGUGCGAUCACCGUCGCACCUCUGUUAGUGGUUUGGCUAAGAAAAGUAGUAAUGACAAUAUGAGGCGGCCGUGUGGAGUAGCCGCGUUUGACAUCACUAAUUACAUGAAUGGCAAGCUGGACACAGAUCUAGAUCAGGAGUUCGCCGUGCCUUUUGUCAGCUGUGAAAAAGAUAAUUUAGAGCAAACUUUACGGAAAGUGAUCACCAAGGAGAGGUUUGAAAACAAGAAUCAAGCAUUAUUUGUCAGUAUGAAAUUGUUGAGAGGAGACCUGAAGCAGGUCAGAGAAGAAAAUCCUCAUCUAGUCCUUGGAAAUGUGUCUAUAGCUAGAAAAAUGGGCUUUCCAGAAGUGAUUCUACCGGGUGAUGUGAGAAAUGACCUCUAUUUGACAUUAGUGAAUGGUGAAUUCAGUAAGGGAAAUAAAACAAGUGAUAAAAACGUUGAGGUAACGAUAAAAGUGUGUAAUAAUGAAGGGCAAACGAUACCGGGUGUCGUUAGCUUAGGAGGUGGUAUCCCUCCAUUGAAUGAAUACCGAUCGGUAAUCUAUUACCAUGAAGACAAACCCCAGUGGCACGAGACUUUCAAAGUUGCAGUUCCAAUCGAGGAAUUCAAAACCAGCCAUUUGAAAUUUUUAUUCAAACAUAGGUCUUCCAAUGAAGCAAAAGAUAAGAGUGAGAAACCUUUUGCAAUGAGUUACGUGAAGUUAAUGCAAGAUAAUGGCACCACAUUGAAAGACGGAAAACAUAAUCUUGUUGUUUAUAAAAUUGACUAUAAAAAAUUCGAUGAAAAUAGUUUAGACUACUACAAACUGCCAUCUGUUAUGAGUGAAAUGGAGAAUACUAGGGAAAGGCCACAAGUGCCUGGUUUGGCUGUGUCUUCCAAAGAUGCUUUCACCAUUGAAAGUAACAUUUGUUCCACGAAGCUUACACAAAAUGUGAACCUUCUCGGGCUGUUAAACUGGGCUUCCCAUAAAGAGACCCUCACUGAAUCUCUAUUAGCAUUGAAAAACAUGGAAAGGGAAAAAGAGAAGGAAGAGAUUGUGAUAUUUCUUCAAGAUAUCCUAGAUGCCUUGUUCAAUAUCCUUAUGGAUAACCCAAAGACUGAUACUUACGAUACUCUAGUAUUUGAAUGCCUUUUGAAUAUUAUUAGUUUAGUGAACGACUGGAAAUAUCAACAUUUCGAACCUGUUUUGGAUAUGUAUAUUAAAGAAAGCUUCAGUGCAACUUUAGCCUACAAAAAGUUAAUAUCAGUAUUGAAAUCUGUGAUCGGAAGGGCGAGCGAUGUAACGUCUGGUAACUCAAAGGAAUAUUCUGACUUGAUAUUUCGGACCAUGAAGUGCCUUCAGUAUGUUAUAAGGUUUGUGUCCAGAUCUCGAAUUCUGUAUAAUGCCUUAUAUCCAGAAGAUGAUCCCGAUGAUGAUUUUGAAGAAAGCUUACGUGACCUGCUGCAAAAUAUAAUCUACAUGAUGUCUUCCAAUAAAGACGGCUUACUUUUGCGAGAGCAAGGAGCUUGUCUGAAGUAUUUACCCAGUACUAUCCCUUAUAUACUGAUGAUUUUCGAUCACAAGGAAUUAAGUACCAUUUUGUAUGACAUGCUGAAUAAUAUACCACAAGGAAGGCUGACCAAGCAAAAAAUGAUGACGGUAAAUGAAAUAGUACAUAGUAAACUGUUUUUGUACCCUGAGUGUAGGAAAAUACUUCUACCUAUUAUAACUCAUCAAGUUAAAGUUUUAUUUGAGACCAAAGAGGAGGGGGCACUAGCGCGCGCAGACGGCCGACGGCAGAACAGAUCGGUGGCCAAGGUCGCUCAGCUGUUGGGCACUACGGAGACCUUCGUCAAUCAGCACAAGGGAUAUCCAGAAGAGGUGGAAUUGUGUAUCAAAAUAAUGAGUGACAUUAUGGAGCUGCUCUUCCGUAAUGACGUUGGACCAACUUACAAUGACCUGAAUGAGAUUAUACAUUCGAAUCUGAGGACUAUUAUUCAGAGUCACAUUAAAAUGGAAAGAGAAAACCCUCAUGCAAGCAAUUUGGUGGCAGUGAUGAUCGACCUCUUCCGGCAAAUGACAAAUGAGCAUUACACAAAAUACAUAAGCACAUUCAAAACAAAUUUCGACAUUCUAGAUUUCCUAAUGGAAAUUCUAGUUGUGUUCAAAGAGCUAGUCAGUAAUUCCGUGUUUCCGACGGAUUGGUGCGACAUGAUCAUGCUGCAAAACAGUGUGAUUCUGAAGUCGCUUAGGUACUUCUCACAAACGAUUAGAGACUGCUUCUUCCAGAAGUUUGAACAUGACGCAUGGAGCAAUUUUUUUCAUUGCGCCAUUGCAUUCAUGACCCAAGAUGCACUGCAGCUGGAGAAUUUUUCUUACAAUAAGAGGAUUCGGAUCAUUAGUCAGUACAACGAUAUGCGUAGAGAAACAGGAUUUGAAAUCAGAUCUAUGUGGUUCACUUUAGGUCAAAACAAGGUACAAUUCGUUCCCUCCUUAGUAGGACUUAUACUCGAGAUGACUUUAAUUCCCGAAACCGAGCUUCGAAAAGCAACCAUUCCCAUCUUUUUCGAUAUGAUGCAAUGUGAAUUUUACUCUAGUCGUUUCGAAGUAGAAAGUUAUGGCGACACAAAAAGGGACUCAUCUCACAUCAAAGCCAACUUCAGUGACUUCGAAAACGAGAUGAUCGUCAAACUAGAUGUAUUGUUCGAAGGAGGGAAGGGGGAUUACGAGUAUAAAAAUCUAUUCCAUGAUGUUAUGUUAGAAUUGUGCGGGAAACAUACAACUAUGCAUGAAGAGGGAACCAAGUUCGUGAAAAUUGUGUCGAGGUUGAUGGAAAGUCUGUUGGAGUAUAGGAGUAUUAUUAUAGAUGAGAAUAAAGAAAAUACCAUGAGUUGCACAGUGAAUUUACUGGAUUUUUAUUCAGAAAUCAACAAAAAAGAAAUGUAUAUUAGGUACCUGAAUAAGCUGUUUGAUCUACACUUGGAGUGUGAAAAUUUCACUGAAGCUGCUUACACUCUAGAGUUACAUGCCAAACUUUUAAAUUGGUCCGAUGAACUUUUAUCGCCUCUAUUGAAGGGGGAUAAAUACGAUAAUGCUAGAACCCACAGAGAACUCAAGGAGGCCUUAUAUUACACUAUAAUUGAAAAUUAUAGUAAAGGAAAGAUGUGGGAAUGUGCAAUUAAAAAAUGUCAAGAGCUGGCACAACAGUAUGAGCAAGAAACAUUCGAUUAUGAACGGCUCAGUGAUCUCCAUCAAAGAAUGGCUCUCUUUUAUGAAGAUAUAAUGAAGAAAGCUAGGGCUGAGCCAGAAUAUUUCAGAGUAGGAUAUUAUGGCAGAGGCUUUCCAAGGUUUCUACAAAACAAAGUCUUCAUUUAUAGAGGAAAAGAGUACGAAAGAUUGGCUGAUUUCAAUGCUAGGAUACUGAAUGAAUUUCCUAAGGCCGAGUUGUUGAAUAAGUUAACGCCUCCUGGUGAAGAUAUCACUUGUUCAGAUAAACAGUAUAUACAAAUCAACAAGGUGGACCCGGUAAUGGAUGAAAAAUCACAACGAUUUUCUGGAAAACCGAUUUCAAAUCAGAUAGUCAAGUAUUAUAGAGUGAAUGAUAUAAAAAAGUUUUCAUUUUCACGUCCAUUUACGAGAAAGGAUACUUUGAUAGGAACGACAAAUGAAUUCGCUCAUCUAUGGCUGGAAAGAACAGAACUUUCUACAACCUACUCCCUACCUGGGAUUUUAAGGUGGUUUCCUGUAGAACAUACACAGGUCCAUGAAAUAUCACCAUUGAGAAAUGCCAUAGAGACAAUAGAAAGGACUAAUAAAACCCUAAGAAAUUAUAUUUCACUUUUUAAUAAAGAUAAAAAUAUGCCGAUAAAUCCCCUGAGUUUGACAUUAAAUGGUAUAUUGGAUGCUGCCGUGAUGGGCGGGAUUAAAAACUAUGAAGAGGUAUUUUUCACAGAAGAAUAUGAAACCACUCAUUCCGAGGAUAAAAUGCUUAUAGAGCGAUUAAAGGAUUUGAUUGCAGAUCAAAUACCUUUACUUGACCUGUGUGUACAAAUUCACAAACAAAAAGCACCUGAAAAUUUGCAGCCUCUUCAAAAGAGGUUAGAAGAAUGCUUCGCACUUAUGAAGGCCGAUGUAGAAGAAAAAUAUGGAAAACGAGACUGUGAUAUUAAAAUUGAAAAUGAAGUACAAAUGAGGAGACAUUAUAGCAUCACAAGUGAUAGGCUUUCUGAUAUAACCAUUACACCGGAUAAAUCUUACCAUAAUUCAAAGUCUUCAAUACAAUCUCCAACCAAAAGCUUCAUUGGCACACCAUCUUUGUCUCACAAGAAGGUCCUUAAGACUCCGAAGGAGAAGCGCAGGCGAUCCAGUAAAAGUGACAUUGCUAGUAUUUCAUCAGAGAAGGGAGGCACACAAUGGUAUACAUCUGACAGUGAUCUUAAUAGUGCCAAUGUCAUAACAAAUGGCACGACCACCAUCUUCGAACUAACACAAGCGCUGCAACCGAAAAGACCAUUGAGAUCUGAAGUUGAGAGAGAAAGGAGAUUGAGCAGACCAUCUAGUGGGCAGUAUUCUCGACCUAGCAGUAUGUCUGUUACAAUAAGGGGUACUGGUUCUUCAGGUGCGAGUAGCAACAGGGAUUCCAUAGGAACAACGGAUUCCAGUAUAAGUGAGGAAGACCCUAUUCCCCCACCACUACCAGUAAAGCAAAGAGACAGUGAUUACAGCAGCCUCAGUUCCGAAAAUCACAGUUUUCUUUAUUCACAACGCAACUCAUCGCUCAGAAGCUCCCUGCAAAUCAAAAUAAGUAUUUGGCUACUGGUUGCUCGUUAGCUGACCUGCAUUUCGCUUUUUGCGUGGGAAGAUCGACGGCUAGUCAAAUAGUGAAGGAAGUCUGCGAGGCGAUAUGGAAACGUUUAGCAUCCUCUGCAUUCCCUAUUUUUUCACAAAGGAGGUGGAUGGAAAUUGCUGCAUCAUUUGAAGAGUUUGCUCACUUCCCACAUUGCAUUGGAGCCAUAGAUGGCAACGUAUACUACAGCCACCAAAUAGUGGGUCGAUGUUUUACAAUUAUAAAGGGACAUUUUCGAUUGUUCUUCUGGCUAUGUGCGAUGCGAACUAUCAGUUUACCUAUGUAGAUGUUGGCGCUUAUGGGAAAUGUAGUGAUUCUGGGAUUUUCAAAAAUUCCUCUCUUUAUGAGAAAAUACAAAAUGGGUCCGUUAACAUUCCUGAGGCCUCGCCUAUAGGAAACUCUAAGACCUCAUAUCCAUUUGUUAUUGUUGGUGAUGAGGCCUUUGCUCUCUCUGAAAAUGUGCUACGACCGUAUGGCGGCAAAUGUCUGAGCGUCAAAAAAAAGUUUUUAACUAUCGCCUAUCGAGAGCGAGAAGGUACAUUGAAUGUUGCUUUGGAAUCUUAGCUAGUAAGUGGAGAAUAUUUCAAAGAUCCUUGAAUGUUGAUAUUGAUCUAGCAGAGUGCAUAGUAAAAGCGGCCUGCAUUCUCCACAAUUUUGUACGGCAACGUCACGGAGGAAGGGAUGACACAAACGGUUUAGAGUUAUGCCACUUUCCUUCCAUUGAUAAGGAUAGCUUGAGUAGAGCUAAUAAAAACGGCCUAACAGCAAGAGACAAAUUUGCUGAUUACUUUGUGGAAGUCUCACCGCUGCCCUAGCAACAUCAGUCUAUACGUUGAAACGUCCCACUCAAUCUUUUUUGUAAUAUUUUUUUUUCGAAAAAUGAUUACAAUGUUUAAAACGCGAAGACAUUAUGAAGUGUAAUUACAUGUAAUUAAUAAAAUCAAAACUAACAACAUACCAGUUUUCUUUUUUUCCUCCAAAGUAGCAUCUCCUACAAAUAUAUUAAUGAUCUCUUCCCAAGCGUGCUUUUUCUUUUGCCUGUCGCCAUACUCGCUUUUUGUCAUGUCCCAUAUAGCUGGUCUCUUCUCCACCUCUUCUAUUAAUUUUUCUGGGUCUAUUUCGUGUGCCAUCCCUAAAAUCUAAAUGAAUACAAAAUUAAAAAAAAAGAUAUUGUUUCAAAAUAAAUAUCUUUUAAUUUGAGAAGAUAGCGGAAUUUAUAAAAUCCGUGAUCCAACAUAUUCCAUCGCGUGAUUCAGUACUUACGUGUGUGAAUUUCGAAAUAAAAUGCGUCUGAACUGAUACACUUCAGAACAUGGCAUGAUGUGUCGAUGCCGCGUCGAGUGUCGCUGCAAAGUCGCGGGGAAAUCAUAUGUCGACUCGACUUCAAGCGGCGGGGCGCCGCGUCGAGUAUCUGUGUGUUUCAUUAUAUAUAAAGUUAUUUACACCAUGCGUCGACUCGACCGCCGACUCGACGGUCGAGUCGACAAAAGUCGAUCCGUCUGUUUUCUACCUAAAGGCCCAUAGUUUUCAUCCGUAUAAAAUUCACCUAGUACAAGAACUUAAUGCAGACGAUUUUGGUCGGCGAUUACAAUUUUGUGAAGAUAUAAGUGAACGAAUUGUAAACGAUCAACAUUUUCUAUUCAACACUUGCUUUUCCGACGAAUGUUCCUUUUUCUUAAAUGGCGUAGUAAAUCGUCAUAACUGCCGAUAUUGGUCCAAUUCUAAUCACAGAAUUUAUCAUGAGGUUCAUACACAGCAGCCACAAAAAUUAAAUGUUUGGGCUGGUAUUUUUGGCGAUCAUUUAGUUGGUCCUUUUUUCUUACCUGGAAAUUUGACCGGUGAAAUGUAUUUGGAAUUACUGGAAGACGCCAUAGAUCCUGCAUUAACAGCCAUAAUUGAAAAUCAGAAUGAUCGGCGGUACAUUGCGAAUAGGUUGAUGUUCCAACAGGAUGGUGCCCCACCACAUUACGCAUUACGUGUUCGACAAUAUUUAGAUCAGACGUUUCCAGAUCGAUGGAUUGGUAGAAGAGGUGCCAUUGAAUAGCCCCCAAGAUCGCCAGAUUUAUCUCCUUUGGUUUUCUUUAUGUGGGGUCAUUUAAAAAGCAAAAUCAAUGCUACUCAGCCAACAUCAUUAGAAGACCCGCGACAAAGAAUUGUGAAUGAGUGCCUUCAAAUUACUUCUCAAAUAUUGCAAAAUGUGCGGACACGUUUUGACCAAAAUCUUUAUUAUUGCGUGGAGAGUCAUGGUGGCCAUUUUCAACAUUUACUUGCCUAAGGGGUCAGUUCAUUCUUCAUUUUUAAAUUACUUUGCUGCCAAAUGCAUUGAUCUCCACUAAUGAUGAUGAGUUAGUUUUAUUUAAGCUUUCAAUCAAUAAAUCUUCAAAACUACUGAGCUGAAGUACAUUAAUUUUAUAUCAUUAUAAAGGAAAUUGAAAGACCUUUAAAAUAAGGUAUCACUCGCCCCUUCCUUCCCAUUUAAAAUUUUGGGGGUGGUGUCACCCCACUUAGGGGGCUCCACGUGCUAACGUGAUUUUUUGCCAAAUUUGUGUCCCUCUCGAAAACAAAAUCGACGGUUCUGAGCGUUUUUCAAAAAAAAAAAAACUGAGCUGCCAUAAAUGCGUCUGUUUCGUUUUCGAUGCGCCACCAAUGUAUAUGAAGGCCUCGUUGAAGCUAAUAAGAGUAUGUAGUCUUCCCGCUUCUGGCGCAUUCGGUCACUCAGUUCAAGGUCAAUUUUCUGUCUACAAAUAGUUUAUUGGAGCCAUUGUACAUCAAUUGUAUAAAUAUAUGACAUGUAACAUAUACAUGCAAGAUUAUAAGAAUAAAUUAAAACACAUACAAAAUAGUAUUUAAAAUAUAGUUGGAAAUUCCAUAUAGUUGAAAAAGUCAUAAUUUAAAAUCUAAAAACUAGUGCAAGUAAAAUGCCUUCCUAAUUUAAAAAUAAUCCUUGAUUGUUUAUAAGCAUUCAAAUUCAAAGAUCUGAUAUCCCAUUGGUGUUGUUAAUUGUCGUUACUUUGGAGUACUUGUUACUAAUUGUUACUCUUUUACAAAGUAAUCAUUUAUCAUAUUCGUUACUUUGAUGACUAUGCUUAGUAUGAGUAUAACGAUAUGUCGAAUUUGAGCAACUUUAAUGGAACAGACUAUAUUGUAAGAAAAUAGACAACCUUAAAAUUUGCAAAAUUUUUCAAGUAUUGUUUAUUCAAAUCUGCCAUGCUGAAUGCAUACAUUGUCUCUUAUCCAAAAAGAGAUGGGUUGUUAUAGGAUAGGAUGUUACAGGAGCCUAUGAGCCUAAAAACUGAAAAUACUUUGUACUGGGUGUCCAGGAGUAAAUUUCCCUUUUUUAAGGCUAAAAAAUUGUCUUGAAGUUUUAAAAUUAAUUUAUUGAAGCAAAAAUACACCCAAUAUAGACGGGUUUCAUGUUUUAAAAAUUAUAUUGUCGAGGUGCCUUCCAUUUCGGAUGAAACACUCCUGCAAUGACGUCUUCAUGUGGUUAAAAACUGUUAAACAUAAUUCAGGAGUAAUUGCUCUAAUUUAUUCCCAUAUUUUUUGUUUUAAUUCUUGCAAAGUCCUAGACUGAUUAACAUGCACCUUACUUUCAAGGUAUACCCACAAAAAAGUCCAAUGGGUGAGAUCUGGAGACCUAGCUGGCCAGUUUAGGUCUCCAAAGCGAGAGAUGAUCUUUUCCGGGUAUAAUUCUCGGACGACCUCCAUAGAUGCUCGGGCUGUAUGUGCGGUAGCACCGUCUUGUUGAAACCAUGUUUCUUGAUCAAAGCCAUCAAAUUUUUGUACUGAUCCACCACAAACUUCCGAAGCAUUGUACAAUGACGAUCACUAUAGUGAUAUAGUUACAGUCUGGGCUAUGCCACGUUGGUUCUCAAAAAAUAACGAACCGAUAAUUUCUGAAGCCGACAUUGCACACCGCACAGUUACUUUUAGGCUUUCGUGUUUUUGCCUUGGAUUCCCUGGUGCCCAAUAGCGACAAUUUUGCUUAUUAACUGGGCCUGAAAAGUGAAAGUGCGGCCCGUCACUGAACAUAAUGUUAAUUCGGUCGUUUGCAAAAAACGGCUUAUCAUUGUUCCGGCGAAGGAACGACUGGUUAUAAAGUCACUUGAGUCUAAUUCUUGCACUAUUUGGGAUGAAGCUUUAAAUCUCUCCUUAAAAUUGUAUGAAAAGAUGACGCAAUCCCACCACCUGUGAUGUUUUACGAACAGAUCCACUAGCAUUUUGAAUUAUAGCGGCGCGUACAGCUUCAACAUUCUCAGGAGUAGUUACAAUCCUUGGACGACCAGGGCGUUUCACAUCUGCAGCUGACGAUGUUUAUCUAAACCUCUUCGCCCACGAUUUCACUAAAUUUUUACUUAGUGUGUCCUCCACACGCCUAAUAUUGAAGUGAGCACAAAACCUCCGUCUUGCAAUUGUGUAAGAGUCAUUGUUCUCGAAAUAUGCCUCAAUAAAUAAUGAGAGCACCAUGCGCACCAGACCAACGCUUCAUUUUUACUAAAUAAUCUGCAUCCAGCCACUAUCGAAGGACGAUACGCCGACCGCGCAUUUAUUCCUGGACACCUUGUAUUUACUAGAAAUGCUUAAAAAGCAUGUACGUUUUAGUUGAAAAGUAGAUCUGUAUAUAGGCUUGAGGAAAUUCGGAAUGGCAAGUAACUUUUUGAAGCAGUUCAAUUAAGCAUGUACCAGUAUAAAAAAUCCUAUGUGGAUCUUAGUCUACACAUACUACUGAGGGUCGUGCUGAAUUAUAAAUUUUUAGCAAAAGACGAUUCAGUCUUAAAACCACAACCAAAGCGGCUUUCUCAAUGAAACAACAGAAUAAAUUAUAUAAUGAAAAUAAACAGAAACAACACAUAUAGAAUCUAACAAAAAAUGUUUUCUCAAAAACCAAACAGUUUUCUUAUAAAAUAUUGAAAUAUAUAAUGAAUCAAAUAAUACAAAUUACACAUCGUAAUGUGUACGAGAAGCGCGAUAAGCCGAUGGCAUCCGCGAGCCUGUACUUUGAUUGCUAGGCAACGAGGUGCUUCUAUCUCUUUCUAACAGACGUACUCCACGCUUCUCGCGCGUUUCUCUCGUACAGAUUACCACGUCAGUCGUAUUUGGGUUUAUAUGGAUAUAUAUAUAUAUAUAUAUAUAUAUAUAUAUGUAUAUAUAUAUAUAUAAUGUAUCACAAACGCAAUGACAAAAUAAAUACUCAUUAGGAGGUUGGCGGCCGGAAAGAUUUAUCCAACUGAAACUGAUUAUUAAACAACACAAGAUUAAAACGACUACAUCUUUCUAUUUAACGAAAGGCAGUCUCGAAUCAAUGUCUAGAAGAAUCUACAAAAAAUUAUAGGUCGUGAUUAUAGUGUAAAAACAGGAUUUUUGCUGCAUUAUCUCCUUUCUUCUCUCUGAAAUUAAUUGUUCAGCUGUAGACAAAAUUCUUUCAGAAGGUACUGAUAUAGCUUCAAUGCAUAAAUAUCUUCUAUCUAGCUUUGCUUAAUGAGGACCAGUUGAGAGGAUUUUCUUUCCUGCUAAUUAAAUCCUCUGACAAACAGGAUCUGAUUUCCAAUGUUGCAGCAGCUUUUGGAUCAAUUGCUGUCCGGUAUUUACAAAUAGCAACAAAACCAGUCCAAAUUAAAUCUUCUUGGUCAGAUUCAGAUUCGAUAUUAUUUGUAUCGUUGGUGUCACUCUGACGACGCUCUACACUUAUAGUAUCAUGUUAGCGACCUCUGUUUCAUUAUAUUGAAAGCAUGCUAAAAGCUUAAGGCUUUAGACUUGAAUCGUGAAUCCAGCAUAACACACUUAGCCAUAAGAUUAUUUGCUUCAAGUGCUGAAAAUCUAUUAUUUCUUUCUCAUAACGAUUUACUAGUUCUAGUCCUACAAUUGUUUGAUUUUUUCAGUAGCUGAUUUCAAUCCUUCAACGGUUAUUUGCUCAAACGUUUCAAAAUGACAUUUGUUUCUUUUAGUAAUUGCCACUGUGUUUCUGACAAAGAUUCUACAUGGUUAUUAAGAACUCCCUGAGUAGCUGUUCAUGGUUCUCGUACAUACAAUACGCCGAAUUCCAUCUGAUUUUGACAUCGUUUUUUAAUUUCAAUGUAGUAUUUUCAUGCAUUUACUUCUGAAUUUCUAAAAAUUUAUUAUUACCUUAGUGCUUCAAUGAAAAUAGUCAACUGUGGAUUUGACUUUGUUUCGCAAAGGUUGAAUUUCUAGAAUUUCUAUUCCACUCUGGACAAUUAAAUUUACAGUGUGUGCAAAACAGCCCGACUCUCCUAGCCUGACUACUGAUUUAAUAUUUGAGGCAUUAUCGGUUGUUACAGUGAAAACCUUAUCUAACAUGUUCCACACAGUUGCAACCCUAAGUAAUGACUUUUGUCAUAUUGCCCGCACUAGAAUAUAUCUUAUACUUUUUGGCUUUUAAACAGCCUAAACAGUGGAAUAUUCAAGGUACCCGUACUUCUGGUGUUCUAGUCCUUGACAUAUUUUCAUCAGUGUUCAGAUACUGUUUACAUUAAUACAUGUAUAUUGACCUACCUCGCUUUCCAACCCUUCCAUACUCCCAAGUACGGUUAUUUUUGUUUCAAGUUUUAAUGGAUUCAGGGGGAGAUUAGGACCUUAUUUAUUUCAACAAGACCUUCAUAUAAUCAAAGGUAAAUUCGUUUGAUAUCAUGAAUAAUAUUCGGCAUUAUUUCGUAAAUAUAAGUAUGUAGUUGUUUAAAGGAAGUUGCAACAAAAGGGAAAAGCCUCCAAAUUAUAUAAAUGAAAUCAUUGCAACUGAACAUGUGAUAUUUAAGAACAAAAUACUAAUAAUAAAAGUCGAACUUAUCUAUCUUUCGUAACCUAUUUCAUCAUGUUCUUGUUCAACCUCCUUAUUGAGUCUCAAUGGUAUCAUCAUCAAAAUAGUAUGUAGAUCAUUCAGCCUUUUUAAAAGUUGUUAAUAUAUCCACCACUCAUAGUCUCUGAUAUAAAUUAUAACGGAAAAAUGUACGAUUAAGGUUUUUUUACCUUCUUCGCCUGCCUAUUUAUAUAUUUAUCAUAAUUUCUUCCAUUUCCGGUUGCACCGCAAUUUCAAAAUAUUCCUACGCACCUCAUGUUAAAUUAUACCUCGGAAAUUAUUUUUCCAUUGACAGUGCAAUUCUAGUUUAAUAGCCUGUCCAGUUUAGUAUGAAGCUCACAAUCGUCAAUUUUUCUUCAUUUUCAUAAAAAGGUGUCAAGUUUAAAUUUGGAAAACAUAAAUGUAACAUUACAGGCCACGCAGUAGACAUCAAAAAUGUAACUUCCCUAUACAUGGUCAGAUUGUUUUGAUUACUUAUGGAUUGUUUAGGUUGUUAGAGCAGUUGACAGAUUAGAAUUUGUGUUGUACUGAAAUAAAAUCUAGUGCCUAAUUUGACAAGUUUUUGAUAAUAAAGCUGAAACACCUCAUCAACAUAAUUAUAAACAAUGGGAAUAAUCAAUUUUUGUAAUGUGAAACUUCUAUUGACUGUCCUGGAUAGCCAGGACAUUUAUAAGAAACUUUUGAUAAUCAGGCUUUUCAGAUGGAUAAAUUAACAGCAUUUAUGCACGUGAUUUGAGUCGCGUGGCAUGAGUCGCGUGGCAUGAGUCGCACUACUUUUUAGACCAUGUCGCGUGAUUUUGAUCAACACUGCCAACUGAUGUCAAUCUGACAGACGUGUCUAUUCCAAAGAGGCAGUUUGUACACGGAUACAAUCAGUUUGUAGUCCAGGCUAAUUAAGUUUUUAGGAGCCAAAAUUAAAGGACAGGUGCGGCUAUAUUGAAAACUACGAUAAAACAUAUGGUAGUUUAAUGUGUGUUUAAGUUCCAUAGUGGUGGUUAAAAAUGCCUAAAAACUGGUCUUUCUGCUCUUUUUAAUCUGAGCUUUUGAUGAAAAAACGUUUUAUACGAAUUUUGUGUAGUUUUUUAUUAAUCACUAAUUAAUGCCCGAAUAUGUAUGUGUGUAUUACUCGUAUAUACCAAAAUCUUCACCGAUAGCGUUAUCGUCCCACCCCACAAUAUGUGACAGUCAAGGGAUAAAUGUUUUUUGUUUUACAGUGAUUGCGUAGGUUAUGUGUUUGUGGAGUACUUUAAAGUGAAUUCUAAUCGUCUAACAUAUUCUAUCUGCAUCAAGCCAACCGAUGCUAUAUUCCCGUGCCCAAAAAAUUAUCCAGAGAUAAUAUAGAUACUGUAGAAAGACAAGUUACCACAGCUGUUUAUUUAUUGUUUAUAAUUGCUUGUCUAUUUACUAUAUAUACUUUGAAAAUGUUAUUGUCUCAUGUGUGUUUUUAUAGUCCAGCCGCCACGAUGGCCUAAGGCUCAAACACCCGUGGGGUACCGUGGAGCUAUAGGGGACACAGGGGAAAGGGCGGGACGCCACACGGACUCUAGGGACGGAACACAUGUGCAUGCAACAUGCACACAUUCUGGCCCCGCCGGGUGGUACUUCCGCGUAUGACAGUCGGAGACGGUUUGCCACCGACGGAAAAUCACAACAUCCAUAGCCAAGAGAAAAAGUUCUCUUGGGACAGGAUUCGAACCCGCGUCUACCACUUCGCCACCGCUACUGCCCUGUGAAAAUGUAUAGGUAGCACUGUCUAUAUGAGCAUAUACAAACAUUUUGGUUGGUGCAGCGCCAUCUAUGAGGCAUUAACAUUUUCAAAGUAAAUCGGAAAAACUGACAACUUCUUCUAUCUCGGAUAGAUAAUUUUUUGGACACGGGAAUUUAAUCACUGGUUUUAAUAUAUCUGAUAAAGACGUCUUAUUUUGACACGGCCAAUAUGUUCUGUCAAAAAUCAAUGUAGAGUUCGAUGCACACAAUAGUUUGUGUAUGAGGAUUAUAGUUGUGGUUACAAAUUUGACAAACUAUUUCCGGAAAUCAAAACAUCAAUAACAAAUGUUUUUGAGAUCUCUUUACUAAAAGUGUGACAAUUUUGAAAAAAUAUGAAAAAAAACAUUCAUUAAAAAAUGAUCAGUAAAAAUAUUUCAAACAAAGGUUCUAAGAAAAAUAUCUACUAAAAUUUGAACUUGACGGUUUAGAGGGUUAUACAAUUUCAUCAUUUUGAAUGUACUCUUUUUCUUCCGCGGUUUUACCCACAGAACGUGUAGGUGGCGAGUUGGCUGUUGGCUGACUAGAGCCAUACAGAUACAAAACGUGAUCGGUAGAAGUAUAUAGCAUUGCUUAAAAAAAUGCUUGAUGUUAGUAACAGGUUUAAGCGCACCAAGUCGCGAGUAACAGCUAGAAUAAAGCGUUUAUAUCGCUUGCGAUGGAGAUUUUGGUACUUGAUUGCAAAAUCGACAUCAUUCUACUACCCAAUAUAAUGUUUCAUUGAAAUGCCUCUGUUUUUGAAGUAUAUAUAAGCAAUUUUAAAAUGAUUCAUAUCUAACAAUUUUUGCAUUGACUUCUUUAUUAAGUUAUUGAUUUGAUGUGGCCUUGCCCUCAGUAGAUCUGUGAUAAAAAACUUCAAAACAUUCCAUAAAAGAUGUUUUUCGUAAAAACCUGAGUUCGAAUAAGAGCAGGUUUUUGGUCAUCUUUUACCACCAGUUGUAAAAAACUCUUACAUUUUAAUACAUUUGAACCACUGUAUUUUUACUUUUCCAUAGUCACAUCCCUACUUUUAUUUUGGCAGACAUUUGAGCAUUUGCCGCACGACAAACAACAUGCAUAAAUUGGCGGGUCUUCAUUUCAAGGCCUUUUUAAAAUACUACAUACUUUAAUAUGAACCAUGUAUUUUGGUUGAGAUGUUACCAUAAGUGCCAUUUACAGAACUUGAUAAGGCUUGUAAUAAAUAUUCAUAUCAAACAUUUUUUGUUAAGAGGACUUACAUGUACAUUAUGUUUUUAGCCAAAGAGAAAGUAC